AUGCUCAUACGUAGCACAACGCGAGCUUCGUCAAAUAAGACGGACUUUGCCCCGCAGCGGACAAAAAAUUUCAAAGCUCGAUCGACGCCACUAUUCCACAGGGAUGAGUUUCGUUUGAAAUCCGAAGAAGCAUUGGCUGUUUUGAGGCUCCUGGAGGAGUAUACCGUACGAACCGACACAGCCGUACUCUCACACCAUCCCGCACCCUUGCCGUGGUUUUUCUUGGUAAUUCCGCGCAUCCUGUCAACAGCAGCUGAGCCGCAACAGCCAUAUCACCACCGUACAUAUGGUCUGGUGGAGCGAGAGGGGGUUGGGGAAGCGAGCAAAGCUGACGCUCUGAAGGUUGUGAUGUUAACGUUGGAAAAAGCAAAGGCGAAGUUCAGCUGGCGAUGGCAACCUCCUAGCCGCCUCUGGACUAGCGUCUAUCAGCACAGCCACGACAAACACGUAUACACUAGAAACACAGCGAGGCAGACCUGUGGGUACAAUGAUUAUGGAACUCUCUUUACUCUGCUGCCCAGGGCCAGAGUAGUCUUUCCCUUGGCCAAGAGGAAGCUUGGAGACUGGCUGAAGGUUGAAUGUAGCUCUACAUUUCCCUUCACUGUCCGAGUGUACGUGGCUUAA